AAAAAAAAAAAAAACCCACCUCUUCCGCCAAACGUUCAACCCUACCUUCUCCGACCAUGGGCAAGAAGCGCGGCGAGAAGAGGUCGGCACCGCCGCCGCCACCGCCGGCUGCCUCAUCUGAGGAGACCCACUCGGGCGCACACGAGUCUGAGGACGAAGAGACCAUCGCCGUCUCUCGUACCCCUGCCCCCAAGAACCCGCCUCCGCCGCCGCAGAAGGGGAAGGAGUCCGAGGCCUCUGACGAGGAUGAAGAGGAGGAGGAGGAGGAGCCAUCCCACGCGGCCCCGACCACUGCCCCCAAGAAGGACCCUCCGGCGGCGCGACAGAGCGAGGACUCCGACAAUUCCAACGACGACGAGGAUGGGGGUUCCGGAUCUGACAAAGAUGCGCCGCCGCCGAAGCCAUCUGUGAAGCAGCAGGCGAAGGGCCCGGAGGUCAAGGUGCCGCGCCUGGCUUUCCACCGCGUCUGGUCCACCAACGAUGAGGUCCGUAUCCUCAAGGCCCUCGCCGCUCACCAGAAGGAGCACGGCGUGCUGCCGCAGCCCGACGCCCUGGUCGAAGCCCUCGCCGGAAAGCUCGACAACCGUGCCUACAGCAGCAAGGAACUCCAGGGGAAGGUCAAAAGCCUCAAGCAUCGGUAUGUGUCAGCCGCCAAGAAGUACGAGCUCCCGACCAAAGAACACGACCGCCGGCUCUUCGACCUCUCCAAGACCGUCUGGGCCCGUGACAAAUCCAUGGCCCGCGCUGCUACCGCCCCUACUGCUGGUGCCACCGCCAAGGCGAACAACCACGAGCCGAAGGGAUUUGAUGAGAUGUGUGAGUUGUACCCGUACCUCGCGGAGGAGGUGAGGAAGCUGGGGGCCCCGGGCAUGUUCAAGCGGGAGUUUGGAAAGAUGGACGACGACAAGGCACGCUUGCUGGACGAGAAGAUCAAGAAGCAGAGGGUGGCCCAGAUGAAGGUGGAGCUGCACCGCAGCGACCUUGCCAGGGAGGUGACAAAGGCGGUGAUGGACCUGAUCGACUGAUGCGAGUCAGAUGAGCUUACCUGAAACCGUAUCGAUGAUUAACAACGCUAGGGUCCUAGAUUCGGCAAACUUUGGAGUGUUGGUGGUAAGAAUGUUUUUGCGGCAAGAGAGAUCACUGAUUCCAUCGAAUAGUGUGAGGUUAAGAGAUCCUAGCUUAAUGCGGUAGUUCAGUAAAGAUGUUCUGCUCUUAUUAGUUUUCAUAGCUUGUUUGUACAGGAUGUUCUUGGUCUUUUGAGUGCUUCAGACUUUGGGAGUGGAUUAGGUGCGCUUUUGAAUAUUUCAGAGGUACAGACUGGAGCCGUGAGUCUGAAAUCGAUAAUUGUUAUGGAUCA